AUGGAAUCAGCGGGUGAUGAUUUCCGCCACUUGAGUGACCUCGAAUGGAAUGCGGUUCAGCGUAUGGAUGAAACCAUCGGCAACCCUGCCGUUGGUGCCAUGUUGCUCUCUCUUAGCGGAGACGACCAACAUGCAACCAUCGCCAAGUUCAUACAACAUGAACUUGACAAAGUUGUAAAGAAACCCACCUUGCUACAGGAGCAAGGUUCUCAACAGGUUGAACUGUUGAUAGAACAAGGCGCUCAACAGUCUGAACUGUUGAGACAACAGCAGGCUAGUGCUGUUGCUGCCGGGUCGGCGUAUACACGUCGACCCGAGUCCUUGAAGAUUAAUGUCUCCAGGUACAAGGCGGUCGAAAGCGACUCCUUGUUAAGAUGGUUCGUCGAGCUCGACGAUGCGAUGAAGGUCAAGUUCGCCAUGUCGAACUUGGCAGGACGUGCCAAAGCUUGUGCCUUAGGGCUCAAACUGCAUGACCCAUACGUUUACCCAACGUAUGACGUCUUCAAGGCGCGGCUCAAACACACGUUUGAACCGGCUCGCGCCCUCGCACCGAAUUCAGGGCUCGGCUGA